AUGGUUACUGAUCCAAACGACAAGGCCCAGUUGAACUUGCAGGCUCUAGCCGACCUCCAAGUUCCUCGUGAUCUCUCCAUCUCUCCCGACGGUUCUAGGAUUGCCUAUGCACUACAACCUCUCAGCAAGAAAGGCGACCACGCCACCUCAUCAAUCUGGAUCGCGACAGUCGACAAAGAAUACAGCAGUCGCCAGUUCACUUCAGGCUUAUUCAACGACGAACAGCCACAAUGGUCUCCAGCUGGAACAUUGAUUGCCUUCAAAUCGGAUCGGCACCGGCCAGGCAAAAGCUCAGCCAUAUAUGUGUUGCCAGUCGAUGGCGGCGAAGCAUAUCCCGUAACGCCGGUGGACUGCGAGAAGCCAAUAAAGACGGAAGAACAGGUUUCAAAGGAGAAAGUAAAGAUGAUCCAACUGUUUGGGGGGAAAGACUUGGAAUAUUCCCGCCUGAGAAUUGCCCAUGUAGCAACAGGGCAGAUCAGAACUAUCGUCGCCGGUCAUAGACAUGUUCAUGACUUCACUUGGAGCCCUGAUUCAACACAGAUUUGCUUUGUUGCCCAUAAAGGGCCGGAUAUCAAUUCAGCUGGCUUUUAUGGUGCAGAAAUCCUGAUUACAUCGAUCUCCGGAUCGGAGGAGAAACUAGUCGCCCAGUUCCCCGGACCAAUCAGCCAGAUCGCAUGGGGAAACUGUGGUGUCUUCUUCAUUGCAGGUCAUGUCCCGACGCACUGCCUAACAUCCCUUUCCCUAUACGAACUUAAUAUCGAAUACGGUUCAUAUACAGAGCGAAAAGAUGGCGAUGAAGCACACUGUUGCAUCACUCUCCGCAAAAAUCAAUCUUGCCUAUCCUACCGUGUCCAGAGGUAUCUUAAUGAUGAGUUCUUCUCGAUCAGUGAUGAUGGCACUCGUACGAAGGCCUAUAGCGAAAAGUGUGAGAUGAGCUCAUUUGACGUCCUAAAAACUACGGACAGUAGUGAUAUCAUUGCAAUAACGAGGGGUGACGGGUCAAAUCCUGAAGAAGUCUUCUCCAUCUCGAAAUCUACCGGUCCAGUCAAAUUGUCAGCCCAUAAUUCCUCCAUCGCCGCUCUAGAAAUAUCCAAGUCGUGGUCAAUUUCAAAUUACGCGAGAGAUGGAUACUACCUUGACGGAAUGAUGUAUGUUCCCUCCGCAUACAAAUUUGAGGAUGGGCCGCUCCCCACUAUUCUCAUCCCGCACGGAGGACCAUACUGGCGGGUAACUACCGGUUUUGCUGUGUGCCAUUGUCUCGAGGUUCCGGUAUUAGUAUCAAUGGGCUAUGCCGUUCUUUGCCCCAACUACCGUGGUGGGAGCGGUAGGGGUGAAGCUCAUGCAGCUUACGCUCGCGGAGGAGUUGGCACAGUUGACUACACUGACUGCAUUGACCUGCUCCAAUACAGUAUCGCUAGGGGCAGCGUAGACCCUGCGCGAGUGGCAAUAGCUGGUUGGUCACAGGGAGGAUUUCUAUCCUAUUUUGCAGUCACUCGCGAGGAGUUCCAAUUCAGAGGAGCCAUAUGCGGGGCAGGUAUAUCAGAAUGGAACUCUAUGGCAAUGAUGAGCGAUGCAUAUUGGAUGCAGGGUGAGGUGGUUGGCGGUGCCCCAUGGGAUGUUGAUACGAAUUUAAAGCCCGGUGAAGAAGACUCAAUUACAAGCCCCGAGAAAAGAUGGAUUGGCGACACCAAUGGUCGGAGGGGAAGCGCAUUAUGGCACAUGCGUAAUGUGAAAACUCCCAUUCUGAUUCUUCAUGGGGAGGACGACGAGCGUGUGCCUUUAGAACAGGCCAUCGCGUUCUAUCGCGCAUGUGUCCACAACAAUGUACCUGUUGAGAUGGUGACUUAUCCUCGAGAAGGGCAUUUUAUUGUUGAAAGGAGACAUCUCAUUGAUAUGUGGGAGCGGAUGAGGACGUUUUGUUAUCGGAACUUACAGUGA